GGGAGCCGCCGCCGCCGCCGAGCGCCCCGGGCCAUGCGGCCGCUGCUGUGGCUGCCGCUGCUACCGGUCCUGCUGUUCUGCGGCCGCGAAGCCGCGGCGUCCCCGCCAAACUCUCUUUCCCAGCUGCCUGCUCCCCAGCACCCGAAGAUUCGCCUGUACAACGCCGAGCAGGUUCUGAGUUGGCAGCCAGCGCCCCUAAGCAAUGGCACGAGGCCGGUGGUCUACAGGGUGCAGUACAAAUACACCACGGGGGCGUGGCACGACGUGACCAAGGACCACGUGAUGAAGGUGGACUGCACGCAGAUCACAGGGACCGAGUGUGACUUCACGGCGGCCACCCUCUCCAAGGGCUUCCCGAUGCAUUUCAACGUCUCCCUGCGCCUCCGCGCGGAGCAGGGGGAGCUCCACUCGGCCUGGGUGACGGUGCCUUGGUUCCAACACUAUCGGAACGUGACCGUCGGGCCUCCCCGGAAUGUGCGGGUGACCCCUGGAGAAGGCUCCCUCAUCAUCACGUGCGCCCCUCCCUUUGAUAUCAGUACCGCCAUGGCCACUUUUCAAUAUUACGUCCACUACUGGGAAAAAGCAGGAAUCCAUCAGGUGAGAGGCCCCUUCAAGAGCAGCUCCAUUUUGCUGGAGGAUUUGAAACCCUUCAGAGUGUACUGUUUACGAGUCGAGGCGCAACUGCUCUGGGUAUCCCAGAGCAUCAUCCGGCCCGGGCAGUUAAGCAACGCAUCUUGCCUGGAAACAACAGCGGACGCCUCCACCAGACAUCAUCAGAUAAUCCUGAUCUCGCUGGGAGUCUUUUCACUGCUGUUGGUGCUGGCAGGGACCUGUUACUUUCUGGUCCUCAAAUACAGAGGCCUCGCCAAAUACUGGUUCCACUCUCCGCCAAACAUCCCACUGCAAAUAGAAGAGUAUUUAAAGGACCCGGUUCAGCCCAUCUUGGAGGCCCUGGACAGCGACAGCUCACCCAAGGAUGACACCUGGGACUGUGUGUCCAUCAUUUCAUUCCCAGCAAAGGAGCCCAAGGCAGGUCUGCACGUACCUGGAACUAGAGCCCUGGCCCAGCCCCAGGAAGACAGCUUGGAGCCCAGGAGCUGCUGAUAUUCUGUCCGGCCUUCUCAGAGACCAACACUCCAUGUUCCUACCUCAGAACGGCCUGGCAGUGCCCGGGAGAGACAGCGGGGCUCGUGGGAGAGACGGACUGACUGCUUCUCAUUAGGAAUUUUGUCAAUCAUACCAGUUGCUAGAAUGAUUCUACAGAGAUAUCGCAGAAAAAUCAAGGCUUCCUGUAAACACUAAAAAGGCGUGUCAUUAUUUCUUAGCAAAAUAUCCGUGGCACACCGCUCAUGUUUUUAUCAUUGUCACUUGGACCUGGCAGCCAGGAGGCUGAGGCCUCUCCAUGACUCAGGCAAACGAGCUGGGGCCCCUGGGACAGGUGUGUAACCUAUCCCAGCCUGCCCACAACCAGGGACACUGAGCAACCUUUCUUGGCCAGUCUGUUGGCUUAAAAUGUGAUUUAGCCUGUAAAUAUUUUACUAGUAAUUUAAGUGUUUUUUUUUUUUAAAGCCAGAAGUGAAACAUGGUAAACUCUUUAAAAAAGCCUGUGUAAAGGGGCCGGCGCUGUGGCAUAGCAGGUAAAGCCACCACCUACAGCGCCGGCAUCCCAUAUGGGCGCUGGUUCUAGUCUGGGCUGCUCCUCCUCCGAUCCAGCUCUCUGCUAUGGCCUGGGAAAGCAGCAGAGGACGGCCCAAGUGCUUGGGCCCCUGCACCCGUGUGGGAAACCGGAAGAAGCUCCAGGCUCCUGGCUUCGGAUCGGCGCAGCUCUGGCUGUUGGGGUCAUCUUGGGAGUGAACCAGCGGAUGGAAGAUCUCUCCUUCUCUUUUUCUUUCUCUGCCUCUGCCUCUGGCCCUCUGUCACUCUGCCUUUCAAAUAAAUAAAUCUA